AUGCAUUCGCAUCGCAUUCGAGGGUUAAGAAACCGCACACAGAGAAGGGUGAUCCUCAAGGACUUUGUCCCAUCUCUACCUGCAGCCCCAUUGACAUCGCCCCUAUUUACGGUCAUUCCCCCCGAGAUCCGCAACCGCAUUUAUACCCUUGCCCUGGAGUCCGAGGAUGUUCUCCCAGACGAAAAUCCCCACUCUAUCUAUCAGCAAAAUGAUUUCUACUACCGACCCGGGUACAAGCAGCCUAAGCGCAUCCAGACGGCCCUCCUCCAGACAUGCCAGCAAAUUUACGGCGAGGCGUCCCUCCUCCCUCCAGCAAUCAAUGAGCAUACUUUCUGGUUCUAUCGGUCUCCACCGCAUGUCAAGGAUGCCUCGUCGCCGCUGAAUUAUUUUCACAAGAUGACUCCGAAGCAGCGGGCUCAGGUGCAGCAUUUACACCUAUUUACCCAGCAGUAUUUCUUAGAAGACAAUAAUUGGUCCCAGAUAUGGGACGGGCUAACGCUAGGUAACGAUGAGCCCAGCUUGCGAGGGGAGUGCAGGAUCGCGCCGAAGAAGCUGACCAUCACGCUUCGCCACACGGACUGGUGGUUCUGGGAGAACAAUGACCCCCUGGGCAUCGAUCCGUUCCGGCCUGGGAGAACCCGCGCAACCCAGAUGGGCGAGGCUGUUUCCCCGGAAGACGCAGCUCGAUCAUGGGGGAAUCGAUUUAGUUCUAUCCCCUGUCUUGAGGAAUUGGUGAUCGAGUUCGAGACGAUUAUGCGGAAGAGAGACCAGUUAGAUGCCAUCAUACAACAAGCUCUGGAGUGGAAGUUUCCCAUGCAGACUGACAAUGGCUUGUAUCUGGCUGCUGACCACAAGUCAAAGAGCGCAUAUACUUGGGCUGGGGCAAAAGAGGCGGAGUUGAAAAGACAAAGACGUGUAGGGCCAUUGGAUAUUGAGACUGGGUCAGAAUCUCAAUCUACCCAGACACAGGAGCCGGUUCCUGCAGCCCCAGCUUUGGUGCCAUUUCAGGCUCAAUCCAACUUGGGCACAAAUAGCGAUAUUAGUCUUGGAGAUCAUCACCAAUUACCCGAGACAAAUGCGGAGGAGUUCUAUGUUAUCUUCUUGACUUGGAGGAAACAGCGAGUCCAGGAAUAG